UGUUUAGUCUCUACAGCUCGGACGCUGAGGACAUUUAUCAGUGUGGAACCAUCAGCUCUCAUACCAUGGCCUUUCCAUCUCAGCACUUGCAAUUAAUAAACUGGUUAUACAAAUGAAGCAUUUGUUACAUAUAUUUUUGCCAUUACACCCCCGAGGAGGGAGGAGACCAGAAGAGGGACGAGAACCUGGAGAAACACUGUGGCUGGCAUGUCUUCAACAAGAUCCGCUGCAUGGCUUUGUGCGUGACGGCCGUGUUCCUCGUCACCCUGUCGGUGUUUCCUGUGAUCACGAGCCGAGUUCGCACCGUCUACAAGGACAACGCCGCCUGGGACAAGGUGUUCACCUGCGUUUGCUGCUUCAUCGUGUUCAGCGCCAUGGACCUCUCGGGCCGCGUCCUCACGAAUUGCGUCCAAUGGCCCUCGAAGGAGAGCCGGUGGCUUCCCGUCGCCGUGGCGUCUCGUGUCGUCUUCGUCCCUCUGCUGGCGAUGACCUUCAGGCUUCCCGCCUUCCUCCGCCGCGACUGGUUCUUCGUCUCCAUCAUGGCGACGUUCUCCUUCUCCAACGGGUACCUGGCGAGCCUCUGCGUGGCCUACGCUCCACAGUUGGUGCGGGGUAAAGACCGCGAGGCGGCCGGCCUCCUGAUGAGCCUCUCCAUCGCCCUGGGUCUGUCACUGGGAGCGUUGGUCUCCUUCUGCUUCGUCAAAGCUCUUGGUGUCGACUAAUUCCAGCCUCACAACGCUCCUCCCAACCUUCGCCAACCUGGAUCACGUGACCACCGACGUCCACUGGGCCACGGGGCUGCGUGGACGGGAAGGAGACGAUGUUCACGCUGCGGUUGGUUGAGUUGCAGAAAAUGUGUGAAAAGGGUUUUUUAAACACAAACUGAGUUAAACACAAAGUUUAACUCAGUCAGUGGCCACUGACCCACAAAGGGUCCCGGGGCCCCACCUUGAGCCACACACACAUAUAUAUAAAUAAUGAAUACAUUUAGUCAAUUUUUGAAAUAUGGAAUAUACCCAAUAAGCUUUUUAAAAUGCUUUUUAAAUCAACGGGGACAGAAUCCAGCC